AUGAGAUUUUGGUUGAUGAAAGCCGAACCUGAUUCGCGCAUUGUGAAAGGCAACGACGUUAAGUUCAGCGUGGACGACUUCGAAGAGGCCAAAACAACUGCAUGGGAAGGAGUGCGCAACCAUGAAGCAAAGAACCUCAUGAAGGAGAUGGAAAUAGGAGAUAAAGUUCUGUUCUACCACUCUAACUGUAAAAAUCCUGGCAUUGCAGGAUUCGCCGAGGUGAGUGCUCGUGCGUAUACAUGCCAAGACUCUGCAUGGAACGCCGCCCACCCGUAUUUUGACCCAAAAACCAAGCAGGAAAACCCGACGUGGUACAUGGUCGACUUGACCUUUGUCAAGCGCGCACCACACUUUGUACCGCUUGCGCUCCUGCGGACCAUCGCAGCGCUUUCCACCGGCGCGGACCCGCCGGAGGGCCUUGAAUAUAUCGGCAAAUCGGGCAUUAUCGCCCAUCAAGGAAUGGCGCUUGUCAACCGGGGACGUUUAAGCGUCCAGCGGGUUGAAGAAACGACGUUUGACGUGAUUUCCAGCAUGACCGAGCGUGGUGGCUGGGAUGAUAAGGAGCUGAGUAAGAAAGCCCAAAAGAAGACGUCGACUAAAGCGUCGAAGAAGGGCGAAACCGAGGACAAACCUCACGAAGGUGGCCCGGAAGCUGGUGCUGUGUCCUUGCAGAAAGGGAAGAAGCGUAAGGCAGCAACGGAGGCGGCUAGCGUAGGAGCACGACGCUCAACAAGGAUCAAGAGGUAA